CUAGGUGGUACCUAACCUGAUUUAUGCUUUGGUCUAAGUGCCGCCUGAUGGUUCCAGAAUGCUACCAGGAUUAAGGUCUAUGGACAACUUCGCCUCAAAUUUAUGUCGUCAGCUACAUACCAAACAAUAACUAUAACUAUUCGCUACCCAAGUCUUCGCGUGUCGGUACUAAACACCUCUAUUCCUCGCCUCGACUCAUUCGGUCGUUUGGAUCAACAAAAAUGCCUGAACCAGCUCCGCGGAUAGCGAUCAAGUUUGGUACAUCGUCAUCCUCGAAGUCUGCCAACGGAGCUAAGAAACAAACACAUUCCCAGCCGCCAUCAACGCUAGGCAAACGUCAGCGACCACACGUUCUCAGUCAUGUUUCCGAUUCCGGGAGCGACGACGAAGCUCGACAUGAAGUAAUCACAACUAUUGGUGAUGAUGUAUCUGAGUCUGAAGCUAAGAGGCGAAAUCCGAGGACAGACAAAUCGGGGCGCGCCAAUGCCCCCUACGUGAUAACCGGCCACGAAAACCGUGACUGGAAGGCAGAGUUAAAAGACCAGAAGAGCACUAAGAACGGUUUACCAUCGAGGCGGGCGGAAUCUGGCGACUCUGUAGAGAGGGAUCCGGCUGACCAGGACAAGCAAAUCAAAUGGGGUCUUACCGUAACGAGGAAACCAAUACAAGGCGAUACUGACAAUUUAGAUGAGAGCCUGUCAAAAGACGAAGGGUAUACAACAACCGGCCGUGGAGUAGUUCAUCCCAGUGAUGAAUCUGAAGUUCCUACGAACGAAGAUACCGAUGCCAUAGAUGCUCUCUUGGGCAAGAAACGAAAUUUUACAAAAGACCUCGUUAUCGAAGGCAAAUCAAGACAUAGCACGCCCACGACGCUUUCGGAACAAGAUGCUUACCGUCGUAGGAUGGAAGAAGCUGCAGAGGUGUCGACCAUAGACGAGUAUGAUCAGAUACCUGAGGGCGAAUUUGGAGCGGCCAUGCUACGUGGAAUGGGUUGGAACGGCGAGGAGCGUGGUGCAAAGCCGAAAGAAGUUAAAAAACGACCAAAUCUGAUGGGACUUGGUUCUAAGGAGGAUGAAGAGAUUAGGAAGGGAGAGUUGGCCCGAAAACACGGGCAUCGUGAACGCAGACCCCGUCUUAAUGAGUAUAGGAGGGACAAAGAAAAGGAGAAACGAGACCGUGGUGAUAGUUACAAGUCCGAACGCGAACGCGAGCGCGAGCGACGAGAUUACGGCCAUAGCCAUCAUCGUGAUCGAGACCGGGAUAGCCAUAGACAUUCCGAGCGCAGUUAUAGGCGCUGAAAGAGCUGGCUAAUGCCCGGCCAGUUCGACCGAAUGGAAUACCAGCGGCUUCUUAGCGCGCUACGCUAUAUUGACUGCAUAAAGUCGCCUCAUUCCUAUAUCUACAACACGACUUCCCAUUGUUGGUGAAUGUUGGAUUUCUUAAGCCGUAUCCAUUAAUGCACAGUGCACAGAACACAACACCACGUACGGGACUUGCCACUCGAGAUGAGAUAUUUGCCGAAUGAGUUCCGUCGACUAAAACCGUUGACUAGGAGUGUUGAGCUAUUCAUAAUACCAGCUUCCGCCAAAUUGGUGCUC